UUGGCGGGCGAAAAUCUUGGCACCUUUUGGCGACAGUCUUGUUGGCCGUAGUCGUUCCUCUUAACGCCAACCGCUGUUAUCCGUGUAUUGGUAAUCAUCAUAGCUGGCUUCCAAUCGUCUAUUUCGGCUUCUUGAAUACUAUUUAUGGCAUAUCUUUCAACAUUAUGGAAGUAAAUCACUCGUCUUUCAUCGCCACCGUAGCCGACUCUGUUGAGGAAUAUACAGCUAUAAGCUCAAUGAGGACAAUGUUCAGCUUCAUAAGUGGCAUUUUCAUUUACAUAGUCGCCUGGGGUCUUCUGGGACAAGACAAAAGCGAUGAUUUGGGACCUCACAGCCUUCCAGAGUUUCUGGUUAGUAACAGCAGCCAUAAUCGUUUUAGACCUAUGGUAUACUCAACUUGCCAUCGACGUAAGUAUCUUGCGUGCAUUCUUAGUGGAACAGGUGUCUUCCUUGCAGCCAUUUUUCACAUUGGUGUAAGGGAACCUAAAACACGCGUAAGAAGAAAGAGCACCAUAAACAGUCUUAUGAAUGCUCCUGGCAUAUUCCUGAAUGCGUUUGGGUCGCAAAAUGCCGACACUAGAAGAAGGAGCAUCGCUUAUAAUUUUGUUGACAUGAUUUUGGCUACAACUGAAUAUGAAGAAAAGCAAAGUGAGAUGAGUGGAUGUGAAGAAAGUAGGGGUCAUGAAGGGCAAAGAAGAAAACGAAGUCUAUUGCAGAAGUUUGUUGAUGCUCUAUUCUAUGACGGGGAAACUGACAACAAUAGUCAAAAUCAGGAUCAGUUACAGUCUGCUACUGAGGAAACCACUAAGAAUCCAAAAAGUGAGGAUGCACAAACACCAGUGUUUUUAGAAGUACAGCAUCUAGAUCCUGAACGAAAGAGGAGUCUCUUAAUGCGUGUUGUUGAUGGACUAGUGUUUAGAUUACAACAGGAAGAGCAAGUGCAGCUCACGUGUAUUAAUAGUAUUGGAGAUCAAAUUGCAAAGGACGGUGAAUACGACGAGUGUGUAACUGGCGAAAAUUUCUGGAAGGCUGGAGAAGAAGAGAUCGAAAGCGCUCCUGACGAGAGCGAGUGGGAACUGACCAACAACGUGAGUUCCGCUAAAGAUAAGAAUGGAAACGAGGAGGAAGGAAUUUACAGAGAAGACCAGAAUGAAACCAGUGUUGAUGACAGUACUCAGAACUUUCCGAAACAGGACUGUAUGGAGGAAUUAGGAAAUGACAGAGAAGAUCAGAAUGAAAGCAUCCCAGAAACAUCAUUUCGGACCAAACGCAACCAAAGAAAACGUGGAAUAGCGCAUUUUCCGGUUGGUAGUAAAUGUGGUCUCUCUAACUCUGGAUUUGAAGGUGAUGAAAGUGAUAGUGAUAGGAAAAGAAGCGUCAGCAGUAAACUAGAAGGGAAGCGAAGAAAGUCUGUGCAUUUCUCUUCUUCUGAAUUUUCCGGAAAGCUGUCAAUGGACGAGAUAGAACGACAGAGUUUAAAUCUUGAUUACACGCCUAAGAAGAAAACGAGUCUGGAGGAAUGUACUCAGAAUUAUCCUAAAGAAGAUUGCAGAGAGGAUGUAGGAAUAGAAACUUAUGAGAGUAGAAACGAAUCUUCAGCUGGAGGAGACAACCCCGAACUACUUGGUGUCCCUGUUCCAUUGACAAAUGGAGAACGAGGACCUGAGAGAAAACAACCAAAAGGAAUCAAAGAGUGGCUGAGGGAUCCAGGAUUGUAUAAGGUGGCCAUUAUCUUCGCAUGUUCACGCCAUGCACUGGACCUUACGAACACUUAUUUACCGCUUUUCCUUACCGAAACAUUGCUACUUCCUAAGGAAUCUACCGCCUAUUUUCCACUCAUACUCUUGAUCUGUGCCUCUUUAGCAAGUUCAGCCAGUAACAAACUAAACAAUAAAAUUGGGAGUAAGUGGAGUUACCUUCUGGCAGGUUUAUUAGUGAUGGGUGGUGCUGUUUGGAGUUAUUUUCAAACCGUCUCCACUAGACAGUCAUUUUAUGCACCAGUGGUCAUAAUAGGAAGUGGUAUGUCUAUUAUGCAUGUCAUGGCACUCGUCUUCAUUAUGGAGUUGAUCGGGGAAAAUAAGGAAAACAGUGGAUCAGUGUUUGCCAUUAUCGAUGUGAUCACAAGAGUUUCAAACGGCUUAAUUUUGCUCGGUAUACAGGAAUUUUACCCAAACGAAAGAACCAACUCAAAGGAUGUAGUUACCAACUAUGUGCGACAUGUGUUUGCAUUGACGGCCGGAAUUUUAACUCUGGUGGGAUCCCUAGUGGUUUUUUUUCUCCAACCGUCAAAUUUUAUCAACAAAACAAAAGCUUCACAGGAUGUUGAAGAUCAACCUUACCAACCCUCGUUUGAUUUUCAUGUUCUCCAGUGUCCAGCUGAAGAAGCAGCGUCAAUCAACAGCUCCGAUACUUAUAAACAUAACCAAAUCGUUACAGUGCAUUCUUUAUCAGAGAACACAGGACUUUAAAUUCUUUGAGAAUUCUAUUUAGUGUCACAAUUGGUUCACUGCCUGCCAAAGAUCACGCCCUUAAUUUCAGUUCCCAUACUUCGAAUCGUAGAUGUUUCAGUUUGAACAAUUAAGUUAAAAUGGAAUAGUUUGUGAAGUUAACCCUAGUCAAACUACGUUUACCUUUAACGAAGCAUAUAUUUAGAUGUCAAGGUAGGAAAAUGUCAUGCAUACC